AUGCCUCCUUCCAACAACCCUGAGCUCCAGAUGGGCAAGGUCUUUGAUGUCAAGGACAAGAUUGCUCUGGUUACUGGAGGAGGAUCCGGAAUCGGCCUCAUGAUUACUCAGACUCUGGCUGUCAAUGGCAUGAAGGUGUACAUUGUCGGUCGGACGGAAAAGAAGCUUGAGAAGGUUGUCGAGGCGCAUGGACAAGACAUUGCAGGCCAAAUCAUCCCAAUCGUUGGAGACGUCAGUACCAAGGAGGGUGUAUCCAAGAUCAAGAAGGAGAUUGAGUCGAAGGAGAAGUGCCUCUGUGUCCUAGUCAACAAUGCUGGAAUUGCACCAGGCAAGACUGAAGUCAAGGGAAGCUCAGAAGAGCUAGUCGACAAGCUCUUUGACGGUACUACUGAAAAGGAAUGGCUCGACGUCUACCAAACCAAUGUUGUUGGACCCUUCCUCAUGAGCACAGCCUUCCUCCCCCUCCUCCAGAAGUCGACAGAGAUUCACAAGGACUACUCCGGAACCAUUAUCAACAUCACCUCCAUCUCAGGACACAUUCGCAUCUCACAAGGCCACUUUGCCUACAACAGCAGCAAAGGUGCCGCUGUUCAUCUGAACAAGAUGCUUGCUUCUGAGAUUGCGAAGAACGGCAUCAAAGUUCGUGUCAAUUCAAUUGCCCCGGGUGUCUUUCCUUCGGAAAUGACUACCCAGGAAAGCAGGGAUGACAACCAGAAGAGCGAGAUGCCCAAAGAGCACAAGGAGGGUCUUCCUGCCCAGCGACCUGGAAAAGACCAGGACAUGGCUGCUGCUAUUCUGUUUGCAGUGGGCUGCCAGUACCUCAACGGUCAGACGGUCACUGUGGACGGCGGCUAUGCCAUCCAAGUCGGCAACUAA